GAUAACUGCCAACCUCCGUUUCUGUAUUAAUUUUCUCCCUCCUCUCUCUUUCUCUCUCUCUCUCUCUUCCCGUCCGUCUUCUCCGUCGAUCAGCUUUAAUGAUUUCAACAGGAAAUCCGGUGAUCCAUUCCGUCUCGCCGGAGUUUGACUCAGACCACUUACCUUCGUCAAAUUUGCGCUUGUUGAGGCUAUCGGCGCCGACUAAUUUUGUCUUCGGCAACGGCAACGGCAACGGAAACAGCGUCUCCCUUCAAUGUGCCAAAAGAAGAUCAGGAUUUCUUUAUCCUGUCAAGGCUAUAGACGAUUCUAAGACAUUCUGCCUCAAUGCUAAAGCAGAAUCACGGCCGAGCUUAAGCCGAUCAGGCGUAGAUUCAGACGAUAAGCUAUUGAAGAGCGGUGGAAUUAAUGGCCAUGUGUCUAAAAAUAUUGUCUGGCACAAGUGCUCUGUUGAAAAAAUUGACAGGCAAGAAUUGCUUCAACAAAAAGGAUGUGUUGUCUGGAUUACAGGUCUCAGCAGUUCAGGUAAAAGCACUGUUGCAUGUGCCUUGAGUAGAGGUUUGCAUGCUCUAGGGAAACUGACAUAUGUGCUUGAUGGUGACAAUGUUCGUCAUGGACUCAACAAUGAUCUUGGCUUCAAAGCCGAAGAUCGUGCAGAAAACAUUAGGAGAAUCGGGGAGGUAGCAAAGCUUUUUGCAGAUACUGGUGUUAUAUGCAUAGCUAGUUUAAUUUCUCCAUACAGAAAAGACAGAGAUGCAUGUAGAGCAAUCCUUCCAGAAGGAGAUUUCAUAGAGGUAUAUAUGGAUGUGCCUCUACAAGUGUGUGAAGAUAGAGAUCCCAAGGGUCUAUACAAACUUGCUCGAUCUGGAAAAAUCAAAGGUUUUACUGGAAUUGAUGAUCCAUAUGAGCCUCCCCUAAAUUGUGAGAUAACUUUACGCAUAGAAAAUGGCGAAAAUUGCGAGUCACCAGAAGAAAUGGCUACAAAGGUGAUAACUUACUUGGAAGGAAAAGGGUAUCUACAAGCCCAAAAUUUAUGACCAGAAAGACCUACUAUGUUUUAAGUUGCUACACAGAAAGGUUUUCUUCUUUGCUUUCUAUGUUAAAAUGUAUGUAUUAAAUAAGAACAACAAUUAAAAGUCUUAAAUUAGUUAUAUAGAAAAUAGAUCCAACAAUUGUAUCAAAUUUCA